ACAGCUGCGUCGCGGUCACACUUUCUAGCUGUCGAAUUUCCAAUUCAUGUUUUAUUUUUUGCCGAAUAAAUUGAGAUAAUAUUCUGAGAAAAUGUGCGACUACAAGGUCUCGGAGCGGGCGUACGCCAAGUUGAUAUUCCACGCGGCCAAGUAUCCACACCAGGCGGUCAACGGACUCUUGCUGGCCGAGAAGACAUCGAAGGGCUCCCAAGUGGAAAUCGUGGAUGCGAUUCCGCUUUUCCACCAGUGCCUGUAUGUCACCCCCAUGGCGGAGGUGGCCCUCAUGCUGAUCGAUGCCCACGCCGAACGGGAAGGAUUAGUAAUCGCAGGCUACUACGCAGCACCGGAGAACUUCUACGACAACCAGGUCGACAAGACCCCAGCCGCCAAGAUAGCUGACAAGAUCCAGGAGAACUUCAAGAACGCCUGCUUUGUGGUGGUGGACAACAAACUGAUGACGCUGCAGCACGACCGAGCCGCCAUCCAGGUAUUCAACUGUCCCGGAGACUCUGGAGCAAGGUGGUCAAAGGCCAAGUUUACGCUCUCACAGGCGUCCGAUACAUUGGAAGGCGUGUCGCUGCUGCUGAAGCGCGGAGCCAUGCGGGAUUUGGUUGACUUUGACAACCAUCUAGAUAAUCCGGACAAAAACUGGACCAACGACUUCCUGAAUCAGCCGCUCAACGAUCUGCAGAAACUGUACUAGUCGUCCGUUUCAAACGUACGUUUUUUUUUUAGUCUAGCAAAAUCGCAUUCGAGGGAACAUGCCGGAAUUUCAACCUUGCAAUUUAAUUUAUUGUAAUUACAUUUGGAUUUCAGUAAUCUUUAGAAUAAUGCAUAUAAGUUAAAUAACAUUCAACUAAUUAAUAAAUAAUCAAUUCUUUCAUCAUG